CCAGUUUCUGCUCUUAUUCUGGGGAGCAUGACGAAGAGUAGAUGAAUGGUCUAAGCUGCGCAUGCGUGCAGACUGAGGAGGCUUUAAUUCUAUCUCAGUGCAAACGGGUUGCGCGGGUGAGCUCCAUUCAUUGCGAUUCAGGGGGAAUACGGAUAUUGAUUGCAGUUUUAUUUUUAUUUUUAUUUGUAUUUUUUUGAGAAGCUGUUGAGAUUUCCCGGGGGCUCUGCAGGGCCAGACCGGUUGCCAGCCCGCAGGUCCUGCACAGACACGCACUGCUCCCAGUUUGUGUCUGCCAAUCUGCUGACUCGCAUCUUCCGCUGACCAUCACGCCAGGAUCCUGCGAUACCUGCACUCGGAAGCAAGUUCGGAUGUGGCAAGCCAACUGCAGGCGGAUGCAUAAUUUGGCGGACUGGAUAUCCGGGGCAGUGAUGGGAGGCUGUGUGGGGAGGAGUAGGACGGAUGGACAAGGGAGCGCCCGGAGCUCGACGAGGAGCAAAAAACGUGGAGGACGUAAUGAACCCCUAAAGAAGGAGCGUCCAAAAUGGAAGAGUGAAUACCCGAUGACGGAUGGCCAGCUGAGGAGCAAGAGGGAUGAGUUUUGGGAUACGGCUCCAGCCUUUGACGGACGGAAAGAGAUCUGGGACGCACUCAGAGCAGCAGCCCUGGCUGCGGAGUGCAAUGACCUGGAGCUAGCACAGGCUAUAGUGGAUGGAGCCUGCAUUACUCUGCCACAUGGCUCUCUGACAGAGAGUUAUGAUGAACUGGGAAACCGCUACCAGCUUCCAGCGUACACUUUAGCCCCGCCUGUCAACCUCAUCUCUGAAACGUCCAGUGAGAGCAAAGUUUCUGAAUCCACACUAAAACAAGCUCAAACCCCCCCAUGCAGACAAGAGUUCCAGCUGCGGGUGCGAUUGUCAACAGGAAAGGAUGUGCGUCUGUCAGCCAGCAUGGCGGACUCCAUCGCUGAGCUAAAGAAACAAUUGGAGGAACAGGAAGAAAUUGACGUGAUUCGCCAGAGGUGGUUCUUUUCUGGGAAGCUCCUGACUGACAAGACUCGUCUGCAAGAUACCAAGAUCCAGAAGGACUUUGUCAUCCAAGUGAUUGUCAAUGUGAACCCUUCAGUCAUAACUAACUGAGGAGGGAGACAGAGGGCUAUUAGGUGAAGAAAAGAGAGAGGAUGUUCUGGAGAGGGCUGGAGGAAUAGGAGUAGGGCUUGAAAUCAUUUUUCAGUUGGUACUGCAGUGGAUUUUUGUGUACAUUUUUAUAUAAGAAAUUAUUGCUUUUAUAUUGCUCCUUUUUGUAUUUUUCCUUUUUCUGAAAAGCACUGAAACACUUUAGAUUAAAAUUAGAGUCCUAAGAUGCACAUCCCAGUGUCCCUUUGUCAACUGAAGCUCUGUUGUUUACAUGGGCUCCCCUCCUUGUCAUGUGUGUUUGUACUUGUGCUUAUUGAUAAACUGAAUAUGGUUCACCUGGGGAUCCAUAUAAGAAAAUUCCAUUCAUUCUUUUUCAUUUU